AUGGGCCGCCAUUUUGGAAAUCUGGCCAGGAUCAGGCAUAUAAUCACAUUCAGUCUGCCCCACUUUGAGCAGAAGGCUUUCCCCAACUUUUUUCCCGACGCACUCCCAAAUACGCGGAGAAGGUUCAGGGGUUUGUUCUUCAGAGUUGUUCCUCAUGUGGUUUUAGUGUAUAUGGUCUACAGCUGGGGCAACUACGUCCACGAACAGAGCAAAAGGAAGAACCCUGCUGACUACGAAAACGAUGAAUAAACAUCCACCACCUCUCCAGAAGCUCCUGUCUUUUCCAA